CGGUUUGAACUUAUAUCCGCCUCCCACAAGAGCUAGUCAACUUUAGUCAUGAAUGUGCCAAGGUGCUCUGGAGUUUGCGCUAUGAUGAGACUUCUGGCUCUAUUUAUACACGUUAUGUCAACGACAGCAAAGAGACACGUUGUAUACUGGAACUCUACAAACACACGGUUAACAGGUGAUGAUUACUCUGUCCAGGUCAAUCUGAGUGAUUAUCUUGAUAUACUAUGUCCAAACUAUCCUGCCGAACACACGUCGAGCGGCCCUGUGGAGACUCUGGCUCUCUACCUGGUGGCUGAGGGCCAGUUCAGGGGCUGCGUGGAGACUAAAGAGGCCAUUAAGAGAUGGGAGUGCAACCAGCCGUUCGCUCCCUAUGGCCCUGUCAGAUUCUCUGAAAAGAUCCAGCGCUUCACACCCUUCUCCCUGGGCUUUGAAUUCCUGCCCGGACACCAUUACUACUAUAGCUCACUAUCCACAGAUGACGGACCCCCCCUCCCAUGUAUGAAACUACGAGUUACUGUGUGCUGUCCACCGACAACAGCUGAAUCAUCAAGACAAGAAGCCACAGAGAGGCCGUCACACAGCAGCGCUGUCCAUCCAGUGACAGUCGGACGACUUCCUCUCUUCCUCAUGUUCCUCUUGUUGCCUUUUUUUCUCUAAUAUCUCUUCCUAAAACUUAAAAACUAAAACCAAGUUCUCUGUUGUGGCAGAUAUUCCUCCGUAACCAGUUGUGUUACAGUAAAUGCUUGUACUACUUCUGUAGAUUACACACACACAGACUCUCUCUCUCUUUCUCAUUCUCCUUUGCUCUGUCAUUUUUGUCACGCUAUUAAUCUCCAUCCCUCCAUUUCCUUCCUGGCAGUCUCUCUCUCUCUCUCUCUCUCUCUCUCUCUCUCUCUCUCUCUCUCUCUCUCUCUCCCCGUCCACUCUCGGUGGCUUCUUACUCCUGUCUGCUCUGAUAAAAGUUUACUCUGUAGCUGAGCGACACUAAUCUACCUUCAUAGAGCUUAUCUUACUGUUCAUUUUCUUUGAAUCCAUCUGUCCUUAAGAGUCAGACAUUCCUUUACAAGCCCCUGCUCUCCUUCUGUCCUACUGUACAACAAACUGAGCCAAAGACGAGGAGGAUGAAGCUCCCGCUCCUGCUGUUUGUACUACUGAGUGGAAGAUCAGGGACAUACAUGUGCUCACUAACAUAUCCAAUCAUCAACAACUUGGAAAAAAAAAAAAUACAACUUUUUGUACAUUUUUUUUUUCUCUGUUUGAAAAAAGGAAUACACUGAAACCAAAGCCAGACCACAACAUUUAAAGAUGAUUUUGCUGUAUUGACUAUAAGCAACCUGCCAGAACUCUGGAAUUAACUGGAAUAUCCUGGAAUUUUUGUGUCUUGAAUUUCAUUCAAAUUUAUUUGAAAUUUGGAAUUUGUGUGACUGAAUGAUGGCCUGCCUGAACCACACAGGAAGUGAAAGAACUACUUCCUGUUCAUCACUAGGGCAUGAUCAGUCAUUUUCCAGUGUGGACUGCUCUGAUUGGUCUGUUUGUGUUUAAUAAGGCACUUAAUCAGGUUCAUACAACAUCAUCAUUUUGUUUUUACAACAUUAUUAUUUGGGUAUGUGAAUCAUAUGUAACGAAAUAGUUCAUUUUGUUUAACUUGAUAAGGGAAUAUGCUAAAUAUUUUAAUGAUCCAUAACCAUAAGCAAUCUAGGUUAUUGUUGUUGUUGUUUAUUGUUUGUUUGUUGUUGUUUUUUCAGAUAGUAAGCAACCCACAAGCAAUCUUUUUUUUUAUAGUCUGAAAUAAUGCAUUGAUUAUAGAGAAAACAAUAUCCUUGUUGUUCAAUUGUUUUUUUUUUUACCAUUUGUAUCAUUUUUAAAAGUGGAUUUCUUAAGAUAUUUUAUUUACUAUAAAUUUGAACAUGGAAUAUUCAUACUAUCAGGAGAAGAAAAAAAUAUAUUGUUUUUAUGCUUAUAUCUAAUAUAGAUAUGAGCAAAAUUUGUUUGUUUUCUCACAUAAUUAUUGAUAUGUAAGAGAAUCAAAAUAGCCCAAAAUAAUAAAAGCUGGAAAUAUUUAUAUUUAAAUAAUUAAAUUAUUUUUGGGAUGUAUUAUUUUUUUUUCCAAAAUGAUUUUUUUUUCUAUUCACUUCUAAUAAUAGUGCAGUUAUUUUGUCCCCUUUAUAAGUUUUGGAAUGUUAAUUCAUAUUCUGUGGUAAUGAUAAAUGUUUUUGUUUCUCUAGUUUCUGAUGGGUUUCUGUUAUUUUUAAUAUUUUCAGAUGCAAAUCAUGUCUGCCAAAUCAGAACGUUCAGUUUACAGACUUUUUAUAUAUAGUUUUUAGUAAGUAGGAAUGUGAUUUUUUUUUUUUUUUUGGUCAUUUGAGUGUUUCACAUUUUUGUGAAGUGAUCAGGGUCUUCUGUGAAGAACUUUUGUCUGAAGAACAAAAAUAAAAGAUAAUGUUUUCAAA